UACCCCCCUCAUCCCUUGUGUGCUUGUGUUCUGGAUUGCGUGAUAAAUGUGUGCGCUUAAGUUUGAAACCCAGCUGACCUCGCCGCCCCAUAUAAUGUUAUGUCAUGUUUAGUGCUGGUGUCUGUUUGUGGAGGAGCGUUGCAGCCUCUGCCCUCGCCAUCUGGGAGACCCGUUACUGAGGAACUGGGGCAGACGAGGGGAGACGGUGUUAUUCGGAGGGGGUUAGGAAGAUGAAGGAGGGGAUGGGAGGUGCGUUUUUGUAACAGAGACAGCGAGCGAGGAAUGAGGUGCGCUGCCCGCCGCGGAGCGCAGUGACGAGCACACACAGGCGGGCAGCGCCGGGGAAUGGGAGGCUGAGCCCGGGGUCACAGGAGAGAGGCAGGGUGGAGCCAGCAGCGGCGGCCGGGACCGCCAGACAGACGGCGCAUAACUGAAUGCAGCAGAAGAGCCGAGACGAAAGAAAGAAAACAAGCGAAGGGAGAGAAAGAGAGAAGGAGGUUGGGCCGGAGGAGGGGCUACGGGAGAGUGGGGACUGCGAGAAGGAGGGGGGGCGGCAGAGGGUGCCGUUGUUCAGUCUGUCUCCAGUCUCUUUGUUUCAGACUCGUCUUUUGUUAGUCAUGCCGAGUUUGUUGGUUUUAGCAGGGAUCAUGAAGAAGAAUGGGGGCUACGGCGGGGCUCUGACCGGCUCCGGAUUUGGGACCGAGGGGCUGCUAGUGCCGCCGGACGAGGAGGAGGACUCCCGUGCCCUGAGGGUCGCGCUGGGCCAGCUGUCGCUCCUGGGGAUCGGGGACACCGACGACGACAGCGGCGGAGGUCCGGGGGGCACCAGGGCACAGGAUCGCAGUAAUAACAACAACCACACCGGCGGCGGAGGAAACGGCUGCGGGGAAACCGGGCUUUUGUCAGGGAAGAGCAAGUUAUGCGCCCUGUACGAAGCAGGGUCCGGUGAAUGCAAAGGAAGGGGCUGCAACAUUACCGAGUGCGUCCCGGUGCCCAGCUCCGAGCAUGUGGCCGAAAUAGUCGGCAGACAAGGUUGCAAGAUCAAAGCUCUCCGCGCCAAAACCAACACCUACAUCAAGACCCCGGUGCGCGGAGAGGAGCCUGUGUUUCUGAUCACCGGCAGGAAGGAGGAUGUGGCCCUGGCCAGGCGUGAGAUCAUCUCUGCGGCCGAGCACUUCUCCAUGCUUCGGGCCUCUCGCAACAAGCUGGGGGUGAGCUUCGCCGGCUCCCCGCCCAGCAUGCCGGGCCAGACCACCAUCCAGGUGCGUGUGCCCUACAGGGUGGUGGGGCUGGUGGUGGGGCCCAAGGGAUCCACCAUCAAACGCAUCCAGCAGCAGACCUGCACCUACAUCGUGACCCCCAGCCGGGACAGAGACCCAGUCUUCGAGAUCACAGGCUCCCCAGGGAACGCGGAGCGCGCCAAGGAGGAGAUCGAAUCCCACAUCGCCUUCCGCACUGGGGGCCUUCACGAUCCCAACAACGAGAACGACUGCCUGCUGGAGAACCGACUGCACCAAGUGUGGGGGCUCCAGGGAAACCGCGGCAGCUACCGGCAAGACAGCGGCCUCCCCGACCCCCUGUACAGCGAGGACCCCGCCGAGCUCGCCAGCGACAGGUCUUAUUACAACUCCAGCGACUGCUGGGGAGACCCAGAGUACCCCAAAGCAGUGGCCUUCUACCCCCAGCAGCGCUCAAAGAGCUUCGGAGGCCUGCCCCUGGCCCUGGGAUUGCAGGAUCCGUGCGGCGCCGUCGGCACUCCCUCUGCGGGGCACGCCCAGGCCCGGCGGGCGCACAGCGAGCCCUUCCCCAGCCGGCUGGGUCCCUCCCCGGGCUUGCCGGUGCCGGGCUCCCCCCCCAGUGUGCGGGACUGCAUGACCUGCUUCGAGAGCAAGGUAACCGCGGCCCUGGUGCCCUGCGGGCACAACCUGUUCUGCAUGGAGUGUGCCAUCCGAAUCUGCGAGCUGGCACACCCCGAGUGCCCUGUGUGCCACACGCUGGUCACACAGGCCAUUCGGAUAUUUUCUUAAUUUCGUUUCUUAUUAUUGUUUUUUUUUUUUUUUU